AGGUGUUUGUAUCAUUACUGCUGCAGUAAACCGCGCAGGCCCACAAAAAAGCUUCGACCAGAUACUCGUUUUCGGUUUGUUUGUUUGUUUGUCUGUACAUCUUCGGCGUUGCUGAAGGAAAAUUAAAACGAAGUACACUAUUUUCUUUUUUUUCUCCUUCUUCUGCGCACGUUCAUUCCCCUACACCACAAUAUGAACUCCUCCACCGACUUAAGGAGCAAGGAGUACGCGGCACUUAACGUCACCUCAUCGUCCGUGUCGGCGCAGGCGACGCAGUCCGCCAGCAAUUUCAACUCUUUUGCCUCCGUCGAAGCGGCGAGCACGGCGGAGUACCACAACCUGGACGAACUUGUAUACGACCCCUACAAGGAUGAAAACCUGCAAGGCAUCCCGUCCUCCCCGCAGGUGGCCGGCUACCUGCCGCAGCUCCAUCCGACGAACCCAUUAACACCGCAGCGGCCUUCCCAACUCCUUGCCUCACGGACGCAAGCUGUUAUCGAGCCGCGUGACAUCAGCACAACCUACGGGUUCUGCUUCUAUAGGCAUCACGGCAGCAAAGACGUCGACGUCAUGAACUUCGGCAGCGCCACCGUCCCCUCCUUCUCCUCUGCGGACGUGGCGGUGGGUAGUGCGACGCGCGCCAGUGAUCUGUUGCUGCCCUUCGUUCCGACCACCGUCCCGCAGCCUCCCCCGCCCUCACCGCGACGCCCCAUUUCGAGCGUGGUUGCCGCUGUGCCGUCGGCGGCGGUGGAAGCCACCACACCACGCGCGCUGUGUCAGUUCGCUUCAUCUUCCUCCUCCUCUGCUGCGGUUGUUGCUGCCGAUGCUGAUGCUGGUGCCGCCACCUCCGCCGUGACGAACUCAACCGCCGCAGGAGCGCGAGAGGCUGGCCCGCGCACCGCCCCCCGUCACGUGUACCCCUCCUAUAACGUCCACCCCGUGCUCCCCCGCCCCGCCCACCCCUUCUUCCAGCACGACAUCCCUAGCAAGAUCGGCCGUCGAGCAACCCGCAACAGCAGUAUAAACAUCAACGCGAGCGCCAGCAACUUAUUUCCGCUGUCGGGCUCGCAGGGACGGUGGAGUGCAGCGGCAACAAUGGCGUCGUCGUUGAUGUCACCGCGACGGAACAGCAGCGUCGUUGCCCCUGCGGAUGGGACCGCGCGACGCGUCUUCGGCCUCUCUCCGCAAGCUCCAUCACAGCCUUUUCCGAGCGACAGCGGCACCGCUGGCGGUGGCGGAGGCAACGGCGAUCCUCUCGACCACCAAGAUCUUUUGGAGUCAUUUUCCGCCGCACGCUCGACUGAGUACAGGAAGUUCGUUGCUCCGGAGCAGCGGCAACCGCAACACACAGAAAGCCUCUCCAGCGGACUGGCAACAUGUGCUAACACCGCGUCCGACGCUACCGCCGUCGAUCAGGUGGUGCCAUCUGGUUUGCUGCUGAGUUCGCUGCGGGACUCCAGCGGUCACCGCUUGGCGCACGUGUCGUCUCCUACCAGCGCCUCGUCCUCCUCCUCCGCCUCUUCACGGGUGCACGGGCCCCUGUGCGCGACCUCCUCUGGCAACUGCAUCAUCACCACCUCUCACGUGCCACCUGCGCGAACGAGUCCGCGGGGAUCGCUGCGCUCCUUCACUUCCGGAAAGUGCGCGCAGGCCUCCUCACCACUCCAGCACUCUACGUCCGUGAAGCACGGUCAACGCGCGUCGGGCCUCCGCUUUGCCCCUCUCUUCGCGGCCGGUGCCGCCGCAGCAGCGGCAGCGGGGACGUCGUCGACGCGCACGCAGCAGGCACCGGCGCGUGCUGCACGUGCGUAUAGCCGCCGCGACGUGCGCCGUGGCCGUUGGCGCCUGAGCAUCGCCCGCGAGGAGUGUGAGGCGCGGGCGGCGCUGGAGGAGGAGGAGUCAUUCGAGGCAAUUCGCACGCUGCCGGCGUCGUGUGCGGUGUGGCGGUCGUACAUUGAUCCUGCGUGCAGCGAUGACGACGACGCGUUGGGGCACUACCUGCUCGCGCGCAUCAACGGCGCGGAAGAGGAAGUUGACGAAGCUGCGGAGAAAUCGUCGUCGGAGGAGCUGCACAACUUGUUAGAAAAGCUCAGGAAGCAUCAGACGUCGCGUGACGAGCGAUGCACCGCGGGCACCACCGCCACCGCCGCUGCCGCCCCACACCCUGCCUUCCUCACCGCGGCCAAGCGUCUGGUCAUGCUGGAAGAGAUCCGUCGCGCUGCGAUCAUCAACGCAGAGAAAGAGUUUUUCCACGAAGGUGUGUGCCGUCCGCAGGCGUAUGCCCAUCGCGUGCUGACGGUCGGCACGCUGCCGCUGGAGCGCUUCCUGCGGUGGUGGAUCGGCGUGUACCGUGCGCGCAAGAUCGUCCACGCCGGGCAGCGGGCGCGUCUGUGCGCGGUGGAGCAAAAGGCUCGCGCGGACCUCAUCACCUCGAGUCGCGGCCUCGCCGCACGCCAUGCAUGCAUGAUGGCGGCGCUGCUUGAAGAGGAGCACUACUUCCGCACCCAGCUGGAACUGCUGCAGACGCAGGACGCGGCGUGGACAGGGGUUGUGUUGAUGCGGCUGCAGGCGCACGUGGAGCUCUUCACACUGCUGUACGGCGGCACGAUGCGGCAGACACGCGUGUGUGAGCGGGUGCAGGGCACGACGGUGUUCCGCGGGCUCAUCCUGACGGAGGCGGCGACACGCAGCGCCUUGGCAGCGGAGGAGGACGAGGAGUGGCGGCGCAUCCCGCUGGCCAUGCAGCUGCGAUGGAUGGUGCUGAGUGGAGAGCCACAUGCACGAGCGCUGGUGGUGCAGGCGGAGUCGACGCAGCGCCGCGACGUCGAACAGGUGAUCUACGCGCUGACGGUGCAUUACACCAUGCGCGACGUGGAGUUGCAGGAGAUGGAUGCACGGCGAAGCUGGGAUGCCCCGUGGAGGGAGGCGAUGACCCUCCUUGCGGAAACGGCUGAUAUGCGGGAGGAGUUAUGA